CGUUGUUGCGGCUGCCCGCUUUUGUUCUGGCACUGAACUUGGCCGCGCCACUGGGGCUGGUUAUUGGCAGUCACUUCGAGCAGCUGGGCAGCCAACCAACAUGUUCCGAGGGAACUCCAGUGUCGAGCGUGAGCAAAUCCGGCGCAACAUCGCAAAUUAUAUGGGAGAAGUGGGCCGUGUCGUGCAAGCGGCCGUGUCGCGCAAGCGGCCGAAGCAGCGGGAGAAGUGGGUCCCGAAGCCGAAGGGGCCGCGGCGCGGAUCCGGGCGGACCCGCAGCGCGGCCCGGGAAGAGGCGGUGCGGCCGCUACUCCAGAUCGUCGAGCUGCUCCAGACGCGCGGCGAUCUCCUGGAGCCCUGGACGCUGAGUGCUUACGUCGCGCAGUGGAACCGCACGUGCCGCGACGCCGCCGUCGCGUGGCGGACGGAGGCCACCGAGAUGAAGCUCGUCGGUAUGCCCGGGCAGGGCGACAUCCAAGCGGGCCGAAUCGCAAUCGGCCCGUGUCUCUCCUUCGACGUGUUUCAGUCGCUCGCGCGCAAUUGCCAGCAGCUACGGGUCUUGGAAUUGAAUCUUACCGAGGAGCCGGAAAACGGCGACGACAGCGCGCUUGUGGCCCUCGUGCGGCGCUGCCCGCUGCGCCGCAUAUGGAUUCGGUGUCCGCACCCCAGCAAAGCGUUGUUGGAGGCUUUUGUCUACAUUGCCGACACCCUGCAAGAGCUGCACUUUCCCAUGUACGUGGCAGAGCAAGUCGCGACGCUACAACCCAUCGCGCGGUGGUGCACGAAUCUUCAGGUGCUUAACAUCGGAAAUCAAUGCUCCGCCGCGGACGAUGCGGUCAUCAAGGCACUCGCGCGCAACCCGUGCCCGCUGCGCGCGUUGAACAUCGACCGCACCGAGGUCCAAGACGCCGCCGCCGCCGCAUGCGUCACCGCGCACCGCGAGACGCUGGAGUCAUUUGUUGUGUUCGGAAGCGGGGAAUGCGCCCGUACGUUGCGCGCUCUCGCGCGCUGCCCCAAGCUGCGCCAUCUCGACUUCGCCGGGUGGGCCUUCGAACACGGCGGCAAUAGUUGGAUCGAUGACGCCGGAGCGCGCGCCGUGGUCGAGUCGUGCCGGAACCUGACCGAAUUUUUGCUCGGGAGUAACUGCCCCAAAAUUACGGACAGGCCGGGACUGCUCGACGCGCUGCGGGAGAACUCGCGCGGCAGGCUCGAGCGCCUCUCGCUGCCCGUCGAAGCGGAUCCGGCGACGAAAGCGGCGCUGGUGCGGCUCGUGGCCGCCUCGCCGCGGCUACGCACUCUCACGAUGGAGGCGUGUUGCGGAGGAUUAAGGGAGCUGCUCCAGCACGCCCCCAGUCUGAAAGAGUUGGAAUCGUCUCACGUCUGGGUCAACGAGGACGAGCACGCCCGAUUUUUGAGCGACGACGACGUGCGCGCCGUAUAUGAAUGCUGCCCGCUCCUCGAGAAACUGGACAUUUGCCACGGCGACGCGGAAGCGGUAGAAACAGAGACUUGGGCCGCGCUCUUUGACAACAUGAAGCAUCUCGCGCACGUCCAGAUGCCCAGGUCGCAAAAUAUAACCUUCUGGGUGCUCGCCGCGAUCGGUCGAUGCAAGUCCCUGCGCUUCCUCUCGCUCCAGGAGUUCGACUGCUGCGAUUACGGGCUCGCGCGGCUCGCCGAGGAAUCCCGCCUCCAAGAGUUGCAGCUAUCCCCGGGACCCGACGGCUCGGACGGCGGAUGCACGGACCAGGGCGUCGCCUUUCUCUGCAAGAUAAAGUCGCUCCGCACGCUCGAUUUCCAAAGCCGGCCUGAGGAAGCGCCGCCCCUCACGGACAGGACCUGCGACUGGGUGGCCAGGAACAAGACGCUCUGGCGCGUGCAGUUCCCGCACGGCGCGAACAUCUCUAGGGAGGCCUGCGAGCGGCUCUGGGCGGCGCGGCCGCGCCUCAUCUUCGACAGCUUCGAGGGCGCGGACGGCUACAUGAUCCCGCUGCUGUUCCCCGAGGGCCACCCGGGCAACGAGCCGAUACCGUGGGAGUCGCUCUCCGGGCCCGAAGGUCCCGGGUCCGGGUCCGACGACGGUUCGGACGGGGAUGACUAGAUGGUAAGA